AUGGAGCCGCAAGGAGACACGGAGCCGUCGGCGUGCAUCAAAGAGGGAUGCGUGCUGUUCGGAUCGGCGGAGAAGGGCAAUCUCUGCCCUAGCUGCGACCAACAACACAAGAAACGAGAUCUCGACGAGACCGCCACGGCAGCGGGAUCCACGAUUGGGAAGCCAGUCGGCUCGAAGCGUCCGUUCUAUUUCCCUCGCGAUGUGACGGUCGUUCCGUUCUCCGGAUUCGACGGCAGGGAGACCACCGCCGCCACCACCACAGCCGCCACCGGUACUAACAGAAACUCGUUCUUCAGCGGUAAAUCUUGCCAAACCACCUCGUCUUCUUCGUCAUCAGGUUCUAGCUUUUUCUCUAGCGUAGAUAGCGGCUUCUUCCCUACUCGUGGUCGUGCUUUUGAUCCGUCUGCUUUCACAUUCGGUUUCGGUUCCGCCACCGAUACCACCACCAAGACGGUAAAGAAGGAAGAAAAGAAUUGUGGUAGUUGCAGAAAGCGGGUAGGAUUGCUGGGAUUCAAGUGCCGGUGCAGGAAACUGUUCUGUAGCCAGCACCGGUACCCUGAGGAGCAUCGUUGCUCCUUUGAUUACAAGGAGUUCGGGCGCAAGAUUCUUGAGCAGCAGAAUCCUGUCCUCGAGUCCGAUAAGCUGGAGAAUCGAGUCUGA